CAGCCCAGAAGAUUCCCAAGGAGAUUCCCUGCCCAGGACGGCGAGACAAAGGCUCCUGCCAUGAAGCUGCUCCUCGGCCUCCUGCUCUCCCUGCUCUACACUGCUACCAAGCCAUUGCCACGUCCGGGCGGGCGCCCGUGUCCCCUGGGGCACUUCCCCUGCGGCGACCUCCCCGUCUGCCUGCCCCAGGCCCUGCACUGCAAUGGGGUGCGGGACUGCGACAACGGCGCCGACGAGGACAACUGUGUGGACGCCAGUGGCUGGCUGCACAUCCUGGGGGACAUGCUGGCCACGCGCAGCAGCAGAGCCCCAGUGCGCACGGAGCCACACGCCUGCCGUAAGCCCCGUCUCCCCCGUGCCAUCACAUCCCUGCUGGACGCCACUGCCGAGCGCCGCCGAUGCCGGAGCCCAGCGCGUCCUAACCCCGUCCCUGCAGGGCUGGAGCGCGUCCCGGAGCGCUGUCGCUGCCGGGGCAGUGCCGUGGACUGCACGGGCCAGGGCCUCCGUGCGGUCCCAGCAGCCUCCCCCAAUGCCACCCAGAUGGACCUGAAGGAGAAUAGGAUCCAUUCCCUGAUGGAUCACCAGUUUGCCACGUACAGGAGCCUGCAGAAGCUGUUCUUACAGAACAACCAGAUCCGCUCGCUCUCGGCCAGGGCCUUCACUGGCCUUUCCCAGCUCAAGACGCUGAUGCUCGACAACAACCGCAUCAUCCGCGUGGCCCCCGGUGCCUUCACGGGGCUGACGUAGCUCUACUUCUUGAUCCUGCGCAGGAACAAGCUCAGGUGGCUCCAGGAUGGCACCUUCUCCCAGCUGCGCGGGCUGCUGGAGCUGGACCUGUCGGCCAACAGCCUGGUCGAGCUGCCACCCUCCGUGUUCCGCGGCCUGGCGGGGCUGCAGCAGCUGAACAUCUCCUACAACCCCUUGAAGCAGAUCCUCCCCGGGCAGUUCGAGGGCCUGGCCCAGCUGCGCUCCCUGAGCCUCGAGGGGCUGGACAUCCCCAACAUCGGCAACAUGACCCUGCGCAGCCUGGCCAACCUCUCGCACAUCUACUUCCAGCGGUUCCAGUACUGCAGCCACGCGCCCCACGUGCGCAGCUGCAAGCCCAACACCGACGGCAUCUCGUCCUUCGAGCACCUCCUGGCCAGCAUCGUCCUGCGCGUCUGCGUCUGGGUCAUGGCCUGCGUCACCUGCUUCGGGAACCUCCUCGUCAUUGGCAUGCGCUGCUGCGUGGCCCCCGCCAACACUUUUCCCUGAGCGCCCCUUGCCCCCGUCACAGGUGCCGACUGCCUCAUGGGCAUCUACCUCUUCAUCAUCGGCGCAUUCGACCUCAAGUACUCGGGCGAGUACAACAAGCACGCGCAGGCCUGGAUGGGCAGCCUCGAGUGCCAGCUCGUGGGCAGCCUGGCCAUGCUCUCCUCCGAGGUGUCCGUGCUGCUGCUCACCUACGUGACCCUGGAGAAAUACCUCUCCAUCGUGUUCCCCUUCGGCCACUACCAAGCGGGCCGCAGGCAGACGGUCUGCACGCUGGCGGGCAUCUGGCUGCUGGGCUUGUGCCUCAGCGCCGUGCCCUUGUGCUGCAAGGAGUCCUUCGGGAACUACUACGGGCGGAACGGGGUGUGCUUCCCGCUGCAGUCCGACGGCAGCGAGCGGCCCCGCGCACGGGGCUACUCCACGGGCAUCUACCUGGGUUUGAACCUCGUGGCGUUUGUCACCAUCGUGUUCGCCUACGCCAGCAUGUUCUACUCCAUCCACGUCUCGGCAGCGCGAACAGCAGAGCCGAGCGCCUGCUCCCAGGAGGUGGCCGUCGCCAAGCGCUUCUUCUUCAUCGUCCUCACCGACGCUCUCUGCUGGAUCCCCAUCUUCCUGCUCAAGCUGCUUUCCCUGCUACAGGUGGAAAUCCCAGGGACCGUCACCUCGUGGGUGGUCAUUUUCAUCCUGCCCAUCAACAGUGCCCUGAACCCCAUCCUCUACACCAUCACCACCAGCUCCUUCCAGGAAAGGCUGAAGCGGCGCCUGCAGAGCAAGUGGCCGUGGGAGACGCGCGGGAGCUUUGCCGGUAGCGCUUGA